CUCAUGUAGAAGGUACGUACCGACGGCCGCCUUGGCUGCUGAUAAGAUAAUACAGCUGAUGCUACAAAUGACCCAUAUGUCAUUGGUUGAGGGAGACCCACCUGCUUGAUCAAUAGGCCGUUGUUGUCUGGCUGCUGACCGACCUACUUCACUCCUCCAUGAUCCCUUCCAUCAUCGUCUUGCCAUUGCGACCUACCUUGAUGCAGAUGCCAUACUCGCGACUUCGCAUCUCCAAACACUGAAACUAAUAAAAAACACCUGGUUUACAGCCCCAGAGGAGUGAAGACGUUGGUGCCUGCCUCCCGAACCCCCCCCCUGGGAUUCUGCAAUCGACACAGGUACUUCUUCGACAACGACCUCAUAAUGUCGUCCGUCAAGAAGCCGGACUCGCCUGUUGCGGUCCCUCAUGGUCAGAACUCGACUCCAAUGCCACCCGAGAAACCUUCCAUGUCCGCCUCGCCACCUCGCAUACUGAUCAUCGGUGCUGGCUCCCGCGGCCAGGCCUACGCUCGCGCGAUUGAGACCUCCAGUAACGGCGUCGUUGCCGCUGUGGCUGAACCCCUCGCCUACAAGCGACAGACGUUCGGCAGAACCUACAUAUGGGGAUCCGACGCUCCGCAUGAAGGGCAACAGUUCGCCGACUGGGCCGAGUUUGUCGCAUACGAGACACGCCGCCGCGAGAGAGAAGCUGCCGGCCAAGAUGUGCCGCCAGGUGUCGAUGCUGCUUUCAUCUGUGUUCUUGACGAAAUGCACCGCGAUGUUGUCGUUGGCCUUGCGCCCCUGGGUCUGCACAUUAUGUGUGAGAAACCCCUGGCCACAUCCCUCGUCGAUUGUCUCGACAUGUUCGACGCCCUCAAGCCACCUGCCGGCCAAGAUCCCAAAAACGUCUUCUCCAUCGGCCAUGUUCUCCGUUACAGUCCACACAAUAUGCUACUUCGCAAGCUCCUUCUCGAGGACCGUGUCAUUGGAGAUAUCAUCAAUAUCGUGCACACCGAACCAGUGGGCUGGUGGCACUUCACACACUCAUACGUGCGCGGCAACUGGCGAAAUGAAAAGACGACGGCACCCAGUCUCUUGACCAAGAGCUGCCAUGACAUUGAUCUGCUGCUGUGGCUGCUCAGCGCUCCUGUCAAAGCUGGGCAAGGUAGUCCUCAUCUUCCUUCCACCGUAUCAUCAACUGGGUCCCUGCAGCUAUUCAGAAAAGGACGCAAACCCGCCGCGGCAGGCAACGCAACCAAUUGCUUGACCUGUCCGCUCGGCGACGGGGGAUGCAAGUAUUCGGCCAAGAACGUCUAUCUUGGUCCAGAUCUCAAGGGCCUGGGCUCUGGGAAUACUGAUUGGCCCGUCAGCAUCGUGCUUCCCGAAAUUGAAGAUUUCCCAACCGCAUCCGAAAGACACAAAGCCCUGGCUGCCAAGCUUGCCGAAGACUACGAUGAGACCACCCCCAAGGUCGCGGUGGCUUCGCGCAAUUGGUUCGGACGCUGCGUAUUCGACGCAGAUAACAACGUUUGUGACGAACAGACUGUGACCAUCACUUGGGAUGAUGCUACAACGGCAGCCUCCGAAACACCCAAGCAGUCCAAAUCAGCCACACUCCACAUGGUCGCGCACACGAAGAAAAUAUGCGAGAGGUACACCCAUAUAUACGGCGUCGAUGGCGAGAUCUAUGCCGAUUCCCGUACUAUCACCAUCGAGGACUUCAACACGGGUGACACACGGUCAUACCACCCGACCAUUGAAGACGCCGGCCAUGGCGGUGGCGAUAAAGGUCUCGCGCGCCAGUUCAUCUUGGCGGUAGACCGAGUAAAGAAUCACGGCUGGACUGCAGAGAGGUCUCAGAACGAGUUCAUCGGUUGCUCUCUCGAAGAGGUCAUUCGUUCGCAUGCCAUGGUUUUUGCUGCCGAAGAGGCCAGGACGAGGAAGAGGGUUGUCGACUGGGGAGAAUGGUGGUCGAGGGAGGUUGUUAACACAGAAAGCGGAUGAGAGCGAGAUACUCGUGAUUUGGCCUACGCCAUCCAGUGGAAGGAGGGGUAGACCCAGUCCCCAGUGUUCUUGGUGGUCUUGAGCAAGAGAAUUGGCUUCAGAAAGCCAAGCUUCAAACACACAACAGGUUCGGCUCCUUCCCGGUUUUAUAAGUUUUAUAAGCGUCUCGCGGGAAGAUGUCAAGUCGAUAUCUCGUCGUCGGGUCGGGGACUCGGCCCCGGCGGUUGUCUACCCGAGCUUGCCAUCUCUCGAAUUCGACCAAAGCUUGUUGCCAACUCCAUCAAAGAGCAAGCAGGAUGGUUGGGAUGCUGGCCAGCAUUACACAUACCUCACGCGGUCCAGCGCUGGUCGAGUUUGCCACCGAACCAUACUCGUCUGAUGUUCAGAUUGUGGUAGCGUCGAUCCUGCAUGCUACUCGGCCCAACUUGAUUUUGACUGAACCCCGUCUGUUCCCUUGGAAUGCGGCACAUUUGUGAGCUAUUGACUCGGUGGGCCGAAUUCGUGCGUCGACAUAGGUUUGAUCUGAAAGGAGGUCC